ACUCUAACGUGACAAUUUACAGAAACAAUGUCUGCGCGAGCUAUCUCUGAAGCUAGUGGUAAACGACUUCUCAAUGAGCAACUUGGAGUAGAAACUGGAGCUGGAACUUGCAGGUUUGCUGCCUUUGAGUCCGGAGACAGUUGGGAGAAGAUUGAGAAUGCAUACCCAUGGCUGAAAACGGAGAAAUUAGUUGUUAAACCCGACCAGCUGAUCAAGAGACGGGGUAAGCUUGGUCUCAUCAAGGUCAAUGUGGACUUGGAGACGGUCAAAUCAUGGAUCUCAGAGAGAAUGGAUCAGGAGCAGAAAAUCGGGAAGGCGAGCGGUAAACUGAAGAAGUUUAUCAUAGAACCCUUCCUAGCCCACCAGCAGUCGGAAGAGGCGUACGUCUGUAUCUACUCCCAGAGGGACAAGGACGUGAUCCUGUUCCACCAUGAGGGUGGAGUUGAUAUUGGAGACGUGGAUAGCAAGGCAAGCAGGCUGGAGGUUCAGGUGGAGGAGACGAUGCAGGUAUCCUUGGAGUCCAUCAAAACUACGCUUCUCACACAGUUCACAGGGGACAAGAAUCUAGUCGGAAAGUUUAUCCAGGGUCUAUACAAGCAGUAUGUUAAUCUAUAUUUUACCUACCUGGAGAUAAAUCCUUUGGUUGUUACUGGAGGAAAGGUUUAUAUCCUGGAUUUGGCCGCAAAGCUUGACGCAACAGCAGAUUUUGUUUGCCGAGCUAAGUGGGGAGAAAUUGAAUACCCGCCUCCAUUUGGCAGGGAUGCUUACCCAGAAGAAGCAUACAUCGCAGAUAUUGACGCUAAGACUGGAGCAUCACUUAAACUUACAAUUCUAAAUGCAAAGGGUCGGAUCUGGACUAUGGUUGCUGGAGGCGGAGCUAGUGUUAUCUACUCCGACACUAUCUGCGCUCUCGGAGGUUCAGACGAGCUCGCGAAUUACGGAGAAUAUUCUGGAGCUCCGUCCGAGCAGCAAACCUAUGAUUAUGCGAAGACUUUGCUCUCUUUAAUGACAAGAGAAGCGCAUCCUAAUGGGAAGGUUCUUAUCAUCGGAGGAGGAAUAGCUAACUUUACUAAUGUUGCUGCAACCUUCAAGGGGAUAACCUGCGCACUGCAGGAGUAUCAAACCUUGAUCAAAUCUCAGAACAUCAAGAUAUUUGUGAGAAGGGCAGGACCUAACUACCAGGAAGGACUCAGAGGAAUGCGUGAUGUUGGAAAGAAUCUUGAAAUUCCUCUGUUUGUGUUCGGUCCUGAGACCCAUAUGACUGCUAUAGUUGGGAUGGCUCUUGAGAAGAGAAAUGUUCCCAAUGAAGUUGAACCUGCUGAAUCUGCCACGGCAAACUUCCUGCUUCCAGGAUCGGUGAGCGAUGGUCCCCAGGAAGCUAGUACAAAGGCAGAACCAGCAGAGAUUACUCCAACCUCUGCUGAAUCUGUAUCUGCUGGUCAACUCUUCUCUAACGGAACUCGUGCAAUUAUCUGGGGUCUUCAGACCAGAGCAGUCCAGGGAAUGCUUGACUUCGACUACGUGUGUCGUCGACCAGAGCCUAGCGUAGCUGCCAUGGUUUAUCCUAUGGUUGGAGGAGACUCUAAGCAGAACUUCUACUGGGGUCACAAGGAGAUCCUGAUCCCUAUUUACAAAUCCAUGGCUGAUGCCAUGGCGAACCAUCCUGAUGUUGAUGUGAUGGUUAAUUUUGCAAGUUUGCGAUCAGCGUAUGACAGCACAAUCGAGUGCAUGGAGUUCCCUCAGAUUAAAACGAUUGCCAUCAUUGCCGAGGGAAUCCCUGAGAAUCUUACCAGAAAGCUGAUAAAAACUGCCGAGGCAAAGAAUGUGACGGUGAUAGGACCUGCCACUGUUGGAGGAGUGAAACCUGGAUGUUUUAAGAUCGGAAAUACUGGAGGAAUGAUGGACAAUAUUCUCCACAGCAAGCUCUACAGACCUGGUAGUGUAGCUUAUGUCUCUAGGUCCGGAGGAAUGUCGAAUGAACUGAACAACAUUAUUUCUCACCAAACCAACGGAGUGUUCGAAGGCGUCGCCAUAGGAGGGGAUAGAUAUCCUUGCUCCACUUUCAUGGAUCAUUUACUUCGGUAUGAAGCUAACCCUGACGUAAAGAUGCUUGUUUUACUGGGAGAGGUUGGUGGAACCGAAGAGUACAAGGUUUGCGAAGCAAUCAAAUCAGGGAAACUGAAGAAGCCCAUCGUCUCCUGGUGUAUUGGUACCUGCGCCGAUAUGUUCUCUACUGAUGUACAGUUCGGACACGCUGGAGCUAGUGCUGGGGCCGAUGAGGAGACUGCAACUUCUAAGAAUGCAGCGCUGAAAUCUGCUGGAGCUUUUGUUCCAUCCUCCUUCGACGAACUGGGGGAAGAGAUUCAUCGUGUUUACACCGAGCUCGUUAAAUCUGGUGUCAUCGUUCCAAAACCGGAGAUUCCACCUCCACCUGUUCCCAUGGAUUACAACUGGGCAAGGGAACUGGGAUUAAUCAGAAAGCCGGCUAGUUUCAUGACAAGUAUUUGUGAUGAGAGAGGUCAGGAACUCCUGUAUGCCGGUAUUCCGAUCACGGAGGUAUUCCGUCAAGACAUGGGGAUCGGAGGAGUUCUUUCCCUUCUCUGGUUUCAGAGAAGGCUUCCACCCUAUGCCUGCAAGUUUCUUGAGAUGUGUUUGAUGAUCACGGCGGAUCAUGGUCCAGCAGUAUCUGGAGCUCAUAAUACCAUUGUAUGCGCAAGAGCUGGGAAGGAUUUGGUCUCUUCUCUUGUCUCCGGACUACUAACUAUUGGAGAUAGAUUUGGAGGAGCGCUAGACGGUGCCGCCAACAUGUUCACAGAGGCAUUCGACUCUAAUCUAAUCCCCAUGGAGUUCGUGAACAAAACUAGGAAGGAAGGACGUCUCAUCAUGGGUAUUGGCCACAGAGUCAAAUCCAUCAACAAUCCGGACAAGAGGGUGACCUUAGUUAAGGAGUUCUCUAAGGAGAACUUCCCGAAGACCACCCUGUUGGACUACGCCCUGGAGGUUGAGAAGAUUACUACGAGUAAGAAACCUAAUCUUAUUCUCAACGUUGACGGUUGUAUUGCUGUGUGCUUUGUAGAUCUACUGAGACACAGUGGAUGUUUCACCAAGGAUGAAGCUGAAACUUACAUAAAGACAGGUUCUCUGAAUGGAAUGUUCGUACUGGGACGAAGCAUCGGAUUCAUUGGACACUUCCUGGAUCAGAAGAGACUAAAACAAGGUCUGUAUAGACAUCCUUGGGAUGAUAUCAGCUACGUUCUGCCAGAGAUCAACCAGUAGACGAUCUAAUCUUAAUGUUAGAGGUUUAAAUUCAAACCUGGAGGAAUUCCCCCAAUCCUUGAAACGAUCUUAUAAUUGCGGAUUUUCAAUUCAAGCCUAAUGUUUGGUCGAGUUAACAUUAACGUUAAACCGUCCAUGUCUACUCUGGAAUAUGUAGCAUAUAUUUGUUAGUAUUGUCAUGCGCAUGCGCUUUAACACUUAAUGUGUAGAUCUUAUGUAUUAUUUAUUGCAUUCCAUUAUAUUUAUAAAAGAUUUUAUUUAAUAAACAAAACUAAAUUUUA